AGCUCGAGACGACUGGUCGGCGCCGGUUCCCUGAUCGUGAACAUCAUGAAGCUCCUCCUUGUCGUGGGCUGCCUGCUGACGACCGCCGCGGCCCAGAGGCGGCCAGGAGGCGGCAUCGGCGGACUCAUCCAGAACCUGGCCGGAGGCUUCAUCAGUCAGCUCGGAGGCCAGGGCCAAACUGGUCAGACGGGUCAGACUGGAGCAAACAUCUUUCCCGGCAUCACGGGCACCACCACGCCUCAGCCGGCAGAGUGCUUCCCUGGUCAACAGUUCCAGCGCGACUGUAACACCUGCAACUGCAUCAACGGCCGCAUUGCUUGCACGUUGAUCGAAUGCUCAGCGGCCCCGUCCACCAACCAGUGCCGCGAGGGCCAGCGCGUGCAGCAACAGUGCAACACGUGCACGUGCAAGGGCGGACGGUUCCAGUGCACGAACCGCUUCUGCCUGGGCGGCAAGCAGCGGCGGCGGCGGCAGCAGGAGGGAGGCUUCUGCCGGCCCGGCGAGUCGUUCCAGCAGGAUUGCAACACCUGCUUCUGCGACAACGGUCGCUUCGCCUGCUCUCGGCGCCAGUGCGGCGGCGGCAACGGCGGCGGCGGCGGACAGCAGGAGGGAGGUUUCUGCCGGCCCGGCGAGUCGUUCCAGCAGGACUGCAACACGUGCUUCUGCGACAACGGUCGCUUCGCCUGCUCUCGGCGCCAGUGCGGUGGGUUUCAGCAGUUCCUGGGCCGUUGAGCCCGGUCGGAGCGGCUCGGAGCGAAGGGCACGACUCGACACCGCCGCGCCUGGGCAGCUGCAUCGAUGUGCAUGCUGUAAAUGGUCGCUAGUGGGA